GGUGGGUUCGAAAAAAGUGUCAAAUUUUUUUUUUAAAUAUUCCCUUUUUCCCUUUUGUUUAAUAACACAGAUUUUUUAUAAAACUAAUUAAGAUGGCUUUCGAAUCUCGUGGUGGUUUCAGUGGUGGCCGUGGUGGAGGUCGUGGUGGUUUCGGUGGUGACCGUGGAGGUCGUGGUGGAGGUCGUGGUGGCUUCGGCGGUGGCGAUCGUGGAGGCCGUGGAGGUUUCGGCGGUGGCGAUCGUGGAGGUCGUGGUGGCUUUGGUGGUCGUGGUGGAGGCCGUGGUGGUUUCGGUGGCGAUCGUGGAGGCCGUGGUGGUUUCGGUGGAGAUCGUGGACGUGGAGGUUUCGGUGGCCGUGGUGGAGGACGUGGUGCUCCCCGUGGUGGCCGUGGUGCCCCCCGUGGUGGUGCUCGUGGUGGUUUCGGUGGUGGAGCCCGUGGUGGAGCCAAGGUCGUUGUUGAACCCCAUAGACAUGCUGGUAUUUUCGUUGCCCGUGGUAAGGAAGAUCUUUUAGUGACCAAGAACCUUGUUCCUGGUGAAGCUGUUUAUGGUGAGAAGCGUAUCUCUAUUGAUGGACCUGAGGGAACCAAGAUCGAAUACCGUGUCUGGAAUCCUUUCAGAAGUAAGUUGGCUGCUGCCGUUUUAGGUGGUCUUGAUCAUAUCCACAUUGCUCCUGGUAAAAAGGUUUUAUAUCUUGGUGCUGCCUCUGGUACCUCUGUCUCCCAUGUUGCUGAUAUUGUCGGUGCUGAGGGAGCUGUGUAUGCUGUUGAAUUCUCUCAUCGUCCCGGUCGUGAUUUGAUUAACAUGGCCAAGAAGAGAACGAACGUUGUUCCCAUCAUUGAAGAUGCUCGUCAUCCUCAAAAGUACCGUAUGCUUGUACCUAUGGUGGAUGUUAUCUUUGCUGAUGUUGCUCAACCCGAUCAAGCUCGUAUUAUUGCUUUGAACGCUCAUCAUUUCCUCAAGAAUGAAGGUCACAUCGUCAUCUCUAUCAAGGCUUCUUGUAUUGAUUCCACUGUAGAUGCUGCUACUGUCUUUGCUCGUGAAGUCAAGAAGCUUCAAGAAGAGAGAAUUAAGCCUCAAGAACAAUUGACUCUUGAACCUUAUGAGAGAGAUCAUGCUGUUGUUGUUGGUAAAUAUGUCCGUAACAAGUAAAAUAUUUUCUUCUCUUUUUUUUAUUAUUAGUCCCCGCAUACACACACAACUCUCCUAUAACAUUUUUCCUCCCUCUCCAUGACAACACACACACACACACAUCAAAACGCCAAAAUUUUUUUUCUAUAUAAUGUUAAACCCUUUCUCUCCUUAUCUCCUUCACCUUUCUCCGUUCUAAAAAAGCUUAGAUUCUUGUAAAUAAAUGGAGAUAACUUAUUUUUAUAUGGGAAA